AUGGCGACCAUUCGCGCCCUGUGGCCCCUUCCCGUCAACAGACGACCGACAACGACGCGGGCCUCCAUCCCAACCAACCCGCUACUCUUCAGCAACCCUGUAUGGAGCGGCGCCAACACUGUGCCGAGCACAAUCAUCCGGAACAUCACCACCUUCAACACCCGAAACGGCAUCAUCCGCGGCCUCCUAUACGUCCCGGAGAUUUCGGAAGCGAAUCCAUGCUACGAACAGCAGUACGAUCUGAUCCCGCGAAAUGUCACCACGCGAGAACAGCUGCCCCCGCCCAUGUACAACCUUAUUGCACUUGCGCCCUGGUUUAACUCUACAUGCACCAAGGCAUACCUAGCCGCUGCUCGCCUCGAUCCCAUUCGGGCGUUCAUAUUCUACCGCCCUAACAAUUCCACAAGAGAACCUCAAGGCGUCAACUCUCCGAUAUGGGAUCUCGAAGAUGGCGGCGCCUGGCAUUCCCAGAAUCACUUUCCUGUCUUUGCAGUCCCGGGCUCGGAAGGCUCAAAGAUGAUGAAACAGCUCGGUCUAUACUCUGGAGACCCGUCCACGAUACCGUUUGCCGAAGAAGUCCAAGCCGAACACGACCCGAAUCCUCGAGAUUAUAUACGAGUAUGGACCGAAUUGACGAUAACCGACCAACAGAAUCUGCCAGCCAUGUGGACCUGGAUCUUGAUCGUCGUAGGCGCCCUGCUCUUCAUCAUCGCAUGCGUCUCCGUCACCAUGCAUCUCGUGCAACGACAAAGGCGGGCUUCGUUGCGGCGCCGCGUCAUCAGCAGAGAGGUGGACCUAGAAGCAAUGGGUAUCAAGCGAAUGGCGGUGCCACCUGCUCACAUUCGAGAGUUCCCCCUCUUUACGUACAGUUAUCAGCCAGAAGUCGCCAGCGCGCCCUCGACACCACUGGCAAGCCGGUCUCUGCGAUCACCACGAAGCGUACGAACCGACCAACGAGCCAUUUCCGAUGUCAUGUCGAGCUCGCGCACUCGGCGAUCUAGCCUAACAAGCUCUGCGAACACCAUCGCCACCAACUACCAACCACAAUGCCACAUCUGCCUGGAGCAGUACGAAGACCAAUAUGCUACCACGCGGAUACUGCCCGAAGAUUUCGAACGCCAUGGUGCGGCGCGAGCGUGCCAUUCGACGGCUGCGCUCGCGUGUGAUUCUGGACGACUCGGACGAUGA